UUAUCUAUAUUAUCAAUGCUAUGUUUAGACUAUAGAGUAAUCUUAUUCCGUGGUUCAGACUACUAAACGAUGUAGAAUGUAGAUACUUAGAUAAAAUCAAUGUAGACCUAUAGUAUAACAUUUGUAUAUUAUGAUCUAAGACCACAGCCUCCAGUUGUUUUUUUAUAUUAUCAUAUUAUCAUUUAACUUGUUAUCAAUAUAUUCAUAUAACUAUCGUUUUUGGAAAAGUCAAGUGUAGUUUUCAAAUAAUUCAUUAAUUAUUUUUAAAGAAUUGAAUAUAUUCAUACAAAUUAAAAAUGCUGAUUGAUCGGACUCCCAAAGGCCUAUUGCCGAAGAUAAUCAAUUCGAACAUUAUAUUAAGGUGUCGUAGCACAUCAACUGAAGAUUCAGCUCCUUACGCUCAAUAUGUAUUUAAUCGUAACCCGAGAAAUUUGGAGAAGAUGAGGAUUGCUUACAAACCAGCAGGCUACCAUCUUGAAAAACCUGGUCAUGAAUUUUGGCAUAAGUAAGGUUUUUUAAGCUGUUUUAAUAUUUUUUAGUAGGUAUUAUAAAAGGUUGUUCUCUAUUCUUAGGUUACAAAUAACAAUAAGUAAAAGACAUGUGACUGCUAGUGUCUUACAUCAUACUGGAAUGGUUCCGAUACAAGUAAGUACUGCAGAAUGGGCUAUACGAAAACAGCUUUACAGGUUUGUAUAAUUUUUUAUUCACAAUUUUAAAUUUGAGAACGAUGAAAUAAAAUAAAAACUAUAUAAUAUCUAAUUACGGUUAUAAUUCAUAUUUACAAAAUAUCUUUUAAUUUGAAGUAGAUUAGAUUUACCCAAACUCUCAUUAAUCCUACAACUCAACUUACAAUUUGUCAGUAUUACUAAUCAAUAUGCCUAUUUUUAUUGUAAUAAUAAUAGGCAAUUUAUUAACUCUUUAACAACAAUAUUUAUAGAAAGUAUAUAAAAGAAAUAUUUUUGAAUCACCUCUAAAGCCAAAUGCAGUGUUAAAGAUGAGAGUUAUGCAAAUAAAAUCAGAUAAAUAUAACUAAUAGGAACAAUAUAAAUACAAUGUUUCAAAAUGCUGAGAAAUGUUAAAAGUAGAUAACUAAUAAAUAAAUAAAUGGUUAUAUAUAAAUGAUUAAAAAGGAGAUACAUUAUAUUAUUUAAAUCAAGAGACAUAAGUUUACAUUUUAAUUUUAAAAUUGUGCAUGUAAACUUGAGAAAAACUGACAUGGAAUGACUGACUUUAGUGACUCAUAUAGGUGAAAGUGUAAAAGGUCAGACAUCCCCAUAACAAUUUCUUCUUUCAUGCAAAUCGUUUAUCUAAAUUGUAUAUUAAUAAUAAAAUAUUGUAAUAUAUUUAUGACUUAUAUUCUAUUACUAUAAACACAAUACUGCCUCAAAAAGAAAAUUCUAUGUGUACUACUAUUUCCGUUCAUACAAAUUUGACCAAACUAGGCUAGAUUCACUCAUGCUGAUUUUUGAACCCAGUCUCCACUUGACAUUAACCAAUAUAAUGUAACACAAAAUAUUUAUAAAAUCUGCAUAUUAUGUAAAGUUUCAUAAUAUAUUUUUUAUUGUUACUUAUCUGUAUUUAAUUGUAUUAGUAUGAUAAUUUUUGCUUAUAUACUUAUUUUUCCUUUUUUUAGUACUUUAGAUAAAGUAGCAUACACAACUAUUGGAAAAGUUUUGGCACAACGUUGUUUAGAAAGUGGUAUUUCUGAAAUGAUGAAUACUUAUGAAGCUAUACCUGGUAGUAAGGUAAUUUUUUUUUUAAAUAAAGUAAAGUCAUAGAAAUUUAAAAUUUUUAGCCAAUUACUUCUUAAAAUAGUUUUAUGUUAUAUCAAUUUCAUUAAAAUUGAAUGUGAUUUAAAGAUUUUUGUUUUUUGUUUUCAGUUUGAAGCUUUAUUAUCAAAUAUAUUGGAAGGUGGUGUACGAUUAGAAGAAUAUCCUCGAUAUAAACUACCAAACCCUUGGGAUAUAGAAAGACCAGAAAAACCAUGGGAACAUUAUUAGAUAUAAUUUAAAUUGAUUGUUAAAAGUAAACUGUAUAAGUGCAUAUAUAAUGCAUUUUAUAUAAAUAUAUAAUUCAUAUUUUUAUUUUAUUGAAAUAAAAACCAACUCUUUCAAGUAUAAAGCAAUAAGGUUUUAAAAUAAAUUUGUAAACUUAGUUGAUAUUUUGACAGUGAUAAGCA